AUGCUUUGUUUGGUGGCUGCAUCGGCCAACGACUUCAACCAAGAUGUGGAGAUAACUUGGGGUGGCGACCGUGCUAAGAUAUGGAAAGGCGAAGGGGAAACGCAUGAUGAGAUUGAUUUCGAGUUCUUGGGGAGUGUAAGUGGACAACCUUACAUCGUCCACACCAACGUGUAUGCCCAAGGAAAAGGAGACAGAGAGCAGCAAUUCCACCUCUGGUUUGACCCAACAGCAAGAUUUCACCUUUACUCCAUCUCAUGGAAUCCCAAGAACAUCAUGUAA